AUGACAGCAUUCAUGGACAGCCCUGCAGACGGUGAGUCACAGAACAGCUUCAAGAAGGUGGCGGUGGUGGAGAACUUCUUCCAGAUCAUCUACAGCGUGCACGUCGAGAUGGACGGGAGGGGCGGGAAACAUGCGGGGCAGAAGAGGACCUACAGGGCGAUUGCCGAGAUGUACUCCUUCCUACCCCGUGAGGCGGUGACCAGGUUCCUAAUGUCUUGCACAGAUUGUCAGAAGAGGAUGAACCUCUCGCUCGAGUCUAACAACAACCUGUCGUCUGCUGAGGACAGGAACAGCCAACAGGAAGACAUUUUCAUCUCGGUGACGUCACAAAGCGGCGCGGCCAGGACGACGUCACACAAUGGCGGGAGACUGUCCGGCAAGUCGUCUGCUAGCCCGGAGAUUGAGAGGGAUGAGGAGAGUGUCUCCAGUGAGAGUAUCAUGAGCAGAGAGUCGCCGUCUCUGAGAGAGGAAGGGAGAGCUGAGGUGCCAGAGGAGAAGGAGAUGACGCCAGACCCCGUGGCCACGGCAUCCACCACCACCACCACUACCACCGCAGCCAUCAUCAACACCAUCAUCAACAGCGCCAUCAUCAACAGCACCACCGCCAACAGCACCGCCGACGCCAGCCCAGAACCCCCAGCAGACGAUAGUAUGACGUCAGCGAGAAGAGCGUCACCCCAACCAAUGGAAGCAGAGAACCGAGUCGACUCCCCUCUAGAGGAAGUCUCCUCCAGGAAAACCUCGCCAGUUCCAGGAAAAAUUCCAGAAGUUUCUAAAGGUCACCCAGAGAGGAAGAGACGGGCUAGUAGUGAAAGUGGUGAUAGCGCUAUGACCAAAACAAGUGAAGGUAAAGACGAUGACGACGAUGAUGAUAAUGAUGACGAUGAAAAGAUCCCAGUAGGUCAGGACAUUGACCCCGAGCGGUUAAAGGCCUUUAAUAUGUUCGUGCGCCUGUUUGUGGACGAGAACCUGGAUCGGAUGGUGCCCAUCUCCAAACAACCCAAGGACAAGAUCCAGGCCAUCCUAGAAGCCUGCGACAGGCAGUUCCCGGAGUUCCACGAACGCUCACGGAAACGGAUCCGGACCUACCUGAAGUCGUGUCGGCGCAUGCGCAGAUCCAAAGAGCACAAUGGCUGGGAGCCACUCAGGCCCACCCCGCCCCAUCUGACGUCAGCGGCAGCCGAGAGUCUGUUAGCCACAGCUUGUGAAAACGAAAGUCAGAAUGCUAAGCGCAUGCGCCUUGGCCUCGAACCACUUCCGGCUUCAGCUAUGGUAGCCCACAAUGCUCUGGUCAGCGCCCAGACUCCCCCUAGCACACAAGCCUCCACCCCCCAGCAGCCCCCCACAGCCGUCACGCCCUCCCAGCCCAGCAGCAUCUCCUCCCCCCGCUCCCUCAACAACUGCUCGGCCAACACAGACUUCCUACGUCACCAGCCGCCACCACCCACAUUCCGCCCCGCCCCUGACUUUCCCCCCUCUUUUUUCACCAACGGUCACGGCGGCGCCCUCUUCAGGCCGGGCUUCCCCAGCUACCAGCACCCCGCCCACCACCACCCCUCAGUGCUGCCCCACGCUCCAAUUAGCACCAACGCCACGACUAACGGAGAAUUCGGGCCAACAGAUCUAAGCAUGAAAAAGUCCAGUACCAAAGGUCAGCUGAGCUCCUCAGAGGUCACGGCCAUCAAGCAGCUUAUAGCAGGCUACAGAGAGUCAGCUGCCUUCCUGUACCGCUCAGCAGACGAACUAGAGCAGCUUCUCCUCCAGCAGAACUGAGCAGGCCUCUUCUGAUUGGCUGGCUAUUUUUACACGAUAUUUCACACACAAAAAUCAAGGCAUCAGUUGAGAAAAAGGUUCCAGUACUAUGUGUGAAUUAAAAAGUAAAAGCUCAACAGAGAUAGGAAGUGAUGAGCUCAUUUCACACAGCCCUGGGGAUUCUGGUGUGUGUAAGAUGUGUGAGGGACCCACACAGCAAGUCAAAGAGAAUUGAUUACGAUUUGUGUAAUGGUUUAAUUAUAUAUCAUCACCUCAUUCCUACUGCUCAGACAAUAUUUACCUUGUUUUUUCAUCAUGUCAAAUAUUUCUGUCUGUCAGUUGACACAGAGAUCUGACACAAAAUGAUCUAAUGACAAUUUGAGCUAAAAGAUUUUUUUGUUUUUUAUUGACUGGGUCAGUUGUUUGACAAAAAACAUUGUGCCAGCUGAGUUGAGAAUCUGAUGUUUCUAAUUGGAAUCUGAUGUUUUUGGUGGGAAUCUGAUGUUUUGGCGGGAAUCUGAUGUUUUUGAUGGGAAUCUGAUGUUUUG